AUGUCAGCGAAUUUAAGACUAUCCUGGGCUGGCGACUUUGAUCGUUUGAAGGAGUUUGUAAAGAGUGACCUAGAGUUGCAGGGAAGCUGGUCAUCCCCGGCGAACGAGAAAAAACUUUUCGUGUCAGACAACGUUGAGUUGCUUUGGUGGAAAAAUAAAAAGUUCCUAAAGAUCAAUGGAGAGGAUGCAAAUCGAAUCAAACGUUGUAUGAUCAACGCUAUGUUUACGAGUUUAAACCUUGAUAGUAUCAAGUCUGGUGUGGACAUGGCUACUAACACCGAGAACUCCUUAAACGAAAACCAACCAACAAAACACCAGUGUACGGGUUGUGAAUGUUCGAAGCUAUCACCAGACUUGGAGGGUUGGAAAUUAGACUUGGUUGUUUUGGAAUCGAAACUCAACCAUAAAAUCCAAGCCGUGGAAAACCAAAUAUUACGCAUGAACGAUUGCCGACCAAAAGAGCCGAAAAAUCAUGCAAAUCUCGAAAAUAUGUUGACAACCUCUACACCCAUUAGCAGCGGCGGCACGAACAAAACAAAAGAGGUUAGUAAUUCAAAUCCUCACAUUAAUCCCGUUGUUGUUCGGACCGCUAACGAUGCAUGCUUCACACCAAUAAAAGUACCGGAUAACACAGAAACUUUUAUGGCUAUAGAUCAGUCAUGCGAGAAAACGUCACACCAUGAUUUGGUGCCAUUGCCAAAAUCCAUCAAUCACUCACAAGAGGAAUUAACCCUGACAAAGGUAGUUUUCCCUGUUAGGAACAAUAGUGAACAAUCAAAAAUAGGCGAGCUUUCCCAUACGGGAAGCCGUACAAAUCCUAUUCAAAAAGAACAAAGCUGUCAUUAUAAUGUUCCUGGUAGGCAAUCUUGCUCUAGUUAUUUACAUGAUCGUGGUCAACAAUUUCGAAGCAUUCCAGUACGUAUCACUCACCGCCCACUGCCAGUGAACCCAGAGAAAGUAAAUAAACAUAGACGUGCGUACCGGAGUCAGGUUUUUCGACAUCGACAUCAGACCGACUGGCUCAGGCAUCUGGAGCUGGUCCGCAAAGUAAUUCGGUCAUAA